UUUAGUGUCUCUUUAACUUUGAAACAAAUAUACAGACAGCUACACGAUGACACAAAUGUCCGAUGAACAAUUUCGAAUAUUAAUCGAAACAAUACGUUCACUAGCACCCGAUUCCAAAGAGAGCGAGGCAGAGGAGAAGAAAUCCAAAGGUAGUUUUGCCAACUGUCCCACAAGAUUUUCGGGUCAACGAGAUCACGAUGCUGUUGAAGUGUUUGUAGAUGCCGUCGAAACUUAUAAAGAAGUGGAACAAAUUUCCGAUAAAGAUGCUCUAAAAGGUAUAUCUUUGCUGUUCACCGGUUUAGCCAUCACCUGGUGGAAGGGUGUACGCCGAGAGGCUAAAACCUGGGAUGAUGCUAUACGUUUACUACGUGAACAUUUCUCACCCACCAAGCCAUCGUAUCAAAUAUAUUUGGAAAUAUUUGAACAGAAACAGGGUGAACGAGAAGCCAUCGACACUUUCAUAUGUACAAAACGUGCCCUCUUAGCCAAAUUGCCAGAAGGUCGUCAUGACGAAGAAUGUGAGUUGGACUUUAUUUAUGGUCUAUUACAUCUGAAAUAUCGCCAACAGAUACCACGUCAUGAAAUCAAAUCAUUCCGAGAUUUAUUGGAAAAGGGUCGUAAUAUAGAAAGACAUUAGAGUUAAAGCUAAAUUAAGUAACUUUAAGUUAGAUUAAGGCAAUACUUUUUAUUUUUAAGUAAAUAAAAUUUUACACAAAAAAAAAGAAAUAACUAA